ACAGCUCUACAGCCAUGCCAACCCUGCACACUGCUGCUUGGCUCACACUCUUUCUACUCCCUGGUUUCACAGGAGCCGCAAAUGAAUUUUCAGGCUACCUACAAAAGAUCCUGAAGACCCACACCAGCCAUGCCUGUGAUGGGGAUUCUGUCUCAGUGUCUUGUCCUCAUAGGACAUCAGUCAGUAUCCUCUCUGCUUUUUAUGGACGUAGGAUCUCCAGUCAGAACCUUUGCCCUUCCAUGUUUGGAGGCAUGGAAGAGAAUGUAUUUUGUAGCUCACCCAAUACACUUCAGAAACUUCAUGAUGAAUGCCAAGACAGGCGUUCCUGCCAUUUCUUAGUCAACAGUCGAAUUUUUGGAUCAGAUCCAUGUCCUGGAACACAUAAAUACCUGCUGGUGUCAUACAAGUGUAAGCCAGAUCAUUACAAGGUGAGACGUGUCUGUGAGAAUGAACAGCUUAAUCUUACCUGCAAGAACAAUUCUCUGUUGUCAAUAUACUCAACUCAUUAUGGAAGAACACAAAAAAGGAAUAUAGAAUGUGAAUUUGAAAACAGGACAAUUCCAGAUUAUGAGUGUUCUGCUCACACAGCCUUAAGGAAAGUGUCCAGGAGAUGUCACCGCAGGCCUAACUGCACCAUCAGUGCUGACACUAGAACAUUUGGUGACCCGUGCUUUCCAGGCGUGCCGAAAUACCUAACUGUCUCUUAUACAUGCGUUCCUAGACGACUUCUGGAAGAGUUUGGUACCAUCUCCCAAGAUCCAUUUGCACUGUCUGAUUAUACUCAUGGUGGUUGGUACACUGGCCCUAGACUGUCCAGGCUCACCGAGGAUGUGAUGAUACUUACUGGUUGUCUGGAAAUCUUUGCCCUCAUUCAGGAUGUGCCAGAGAAGGUGGCUCUCUACUUUCUUUGUGGAGUAUGUGCAGGUUUAGUGAUGCUCCUCUGUAUCAUUACACCAAAAAUAAUAUUUUUUAAGGACAUGAGAAAAGCUUUCUGGAAACCGCAAAAGACAGAUGAGCCAAUGUUGGGGGGAAUAAAGUUGGUGGUACGGAGAGUUGGGGAGAGCAGGGACAAUGAUGACAGCUCUUCUGAAUCUUCUUUUCGCCGACUCAGCCGAUCCUUUCUGUUCCCUAAUAACGUAUUCACGCCGGAAGUCACGACUCCCCUGGGUGAAGGAAAUGAGAUAAGGAGCCAGAAUGCAGAUGAGAUGUGGAAACCCAAAGAAGCCAGUCCCUACGCCAUCCAGAGUAUUGAAGAAUCAACAAAAUAAACUUUAGAAUCAUUUCACCACUUGUGUGUCUCAUGCUACUUACAGUUUCCAUGGAAUGGCUCCCACCCUACGUAUCCUUCCUCGUUAUCAUUUCCACCUCGACAUACUGGUUCCCACAACUGAUAUUAUUAUUUCUGUUACCAUUAACCUGUAUAAGUCUUCAGCUUUGUCCUAUUCAUCAAGCAAGUAUUAUCUCAGUAAUAUAACAUUAGAGUUUAACAAAGCUAGAUAGCUGAGAAGACAAUAGAGAAAAAGCACUAAUGCCCAACACUGGUUCUCGCUACCAAAAUGGCUGAUCCCCUUUUAUCAAAGUUCCUCUCUUUACAGGCUGAAAGUGAAACUACUUUGUGUAACUAUACUUUACAAUUCGUAUUUACUGAAAUAUAAUAAAAUUAUUGGA